ACACACACGGCUUCGCGCUUGCUCGCACCUGUUUGAAUCACCGGCGGUGGCUUUCGCCUCCUCGGAAGGCGCAACCCUCCCCCAAGGACACCGGUCGUCCGCCGGCGCGGCUCACGGCGUCGCCGUCACCGGGAAGUUGACUCAAGCCACCCGAUUCCGUGGUACGCGGCGGCACAAUUGAGACGCGCGCGCGGCUGCAGCGCGCUAGAAACGCGAGCGGUGCGAAAGGAAGAAUGUCAAGCGAGCCGCGCUUGAGACGACCGACUCCUUUCCCGCCACAUCAUUGCCAGGGGCGCCGGUCCGACAACGCUUUGCAUUUGCACUGAUCGCGGGCGUCGCGCAGUGUAACGGAGGGAGGAAGAGAGUUACGACGCGUGCGGGCCGUCGUCGCUGGUGUUGCGGCUGUCACGCACACUGCUUCGGCGACGCGCUUUGCGGCGCGGUCUUUCCGAGGCGCCCCGAGUGGCGCGCACGUGCGCGACUGUAGCGCAGGGAAAGGGGACGUACCACCGCCGCCACCACCACUCCGUCGCCGGAUGCCGGCGAGCGACGGAUGUUUGCCCCAAGGAAGCGCGCUUUAUUAUCGCGCCCUUUGUUUCUUUUAUUCGCGAAGCGAUCGGCAGCCGAGUAGCAGCGGGGGGUUGCCGCCGCACGCCGCCGAGGUGGUCCGUCGUCAAGAGCGACGCGUCGUGUCUGGAGCAACCGCGGUUCCACCGCCGGAACUGGCACCUCUGGCCCACUCGAAGAAACGACCAUCGACUCUGACCAUGGAGGUGUCUCGUACGCCACCCGCUCUGCUUCCGUUGUUCCUGAUUUUCCUUUGGACGACCACUUCGCUGACGUCCGCGUUCAACUUGGACACUCAGUUUCCUGUGCUGCUUCGAGGAACUGCUGGAAGUCACUUUGGAUACUCUGUGGCUUUGCAUGCGGGUGGCCGGCUUGGAAUGCAGGCUCUGGUCGGUGCGAUUCGGGCGAACUCGUCGCACGGCAACUGGCGGGGAAUCCACGAACCCGGCGUGCUGUACCGCUGUCCGCUACUCGAGGAAGGCAGACCCUGCGUUGAGCUGCUCGUCGACGCUACGGGUAACGAGAACCACGAAGAUCCAAUUGAAACUAUGCGCUACCGUGACCUGAAGGACAACAUGACCCUGGGCAUGUCCCUCGACGUUUCACCCGACGGGAGCGUGGUGGUCUGUGCACCCCUGUGGAAAAACCAGAAAUGGUACGGAGUCUACCUAGCUAAUGGCGCUUGUUACGUGCUCGAUCGAAACCUCCGGCAGCCUAAGAAACUGGUCCCACUAGUCAAAAGAAAUGACCAACUAGACAAAAAUCAAAGUACCUCAACAGCCCAGCAGUCGGUGAACUACGACUACUACUACUACGCGGCGGAGCUUGGAUUCUCGGCAGCCUUCACGGAGGACGGCAGACUAGUCCUCGGGAUACCAGGCUUUUACAACUGGGAAGGUUCAAUAACGCGCUACAACCAAGCGCAUCAACUCACAAGUCAUCACAUGCUUCUAGGUAGAAAGGAGAAAGAUUCGUACAAAGGCUACUCUGUCACAACGGGAAGGUUAUUCCAGGGGCGCGAACUAACCGUCGCCGCUGGGUCACCGCGUGGCAGCGACUACAAAGGAAUGGUGCUCCUCUUCGGAAUCGAAGGUCCGGGCAACGACAGGGGUGUCGUAAUCAAGAGCCGCCUCUCUGGAUCACAGAUGUGCGAGUAUUUCGGUUCUUCGCUUCUGGCCACCGAUCUGGAUGGCGACGGCAUCGACGACCUGCUCGUGGGCGCCCCCAUGCACAGCAUACCGGGCGGACAGGACGAAGGGCGCGUCUACGUCUACCGAAGCAACGGCGUGGGACUGUACGCUUCCGGCCACUUAGAGGGACACCGAGCCACGGCCGCCCGCUUCGGAACCAGCAUCGCCAAAGUCGGCGACCUCAACCUGGACGGAAUUCAAGACGUGGCCGUCGGCGCACCCUACGAGAACGAGGUGGGAGCCGUGUAUAUUUACCACGGAUCGCCCACGCUUGGCGAAAGGACCGUCUACGCGCAGAGGAUAGACGCGAGCGCCGUGUCGUCACGCAUCGGGGCGCCCUUGAAAGGAUUUGGCAUCAGCAUCUCCAAGGGACUGGACGUCGACGCGAACCACUACGACGACGUCUUGGUCGGGUCUUACAUGGCGGACAACGCCGUGCUGUUUAGAUCUCGUCCGAUUGCGCAAUUGAAAGGCGUCAUCACGCCCGAGGUCGGAAUGAUCACUGCCGACAUGGGUAAAUGCGAAAUCUCCGGUGGAUCGAAAUUCUCGUGCUUCAAGCUCAAUACCUGCAUCGAGUACUCUGGACAAUUUGUCAAUAAUACGGCCGACGUGGAGACAGAGUUGACCUUGGACGUGAACCGCAAGGCGGAUAACCGUCCCGCGCGAGGAUUCAUGUUCCGCGACCAAGAUCGCGUCGACCAGUACAGCUCGCUGGUGCAGGCGAGGAAAGGACAUACGACGUGCGAAAGCCGGCUCGUCUAUCUAGACGAGACCUUCAUCGAUCCGCUCAUACCGUUCGCCGUGCGGAUGGAGUACCGGCUGCGAGACACCGGUGACCAACGCUGGUGCCCUACUUGCCCGGUUCCCGACAGGGGGUUCCCGCUUGCCGUCACAAAAACGAUUCCGUAUCAGCAUGGCUGUGGGUCGGAUGAAGUUUGUCGGGCGGACCUGAAGCUGGACGUCAAUAUUAUCGGCUACGAUGGAUCCCCGCUAAUGGUCGGCGAGCGUCGGGAUCUCUCGGUGUCACUUUUUCUCGAAAACGCCGGCGCCACGGACCCUGCGUAUCUGGCCCGCGUGCUGGUUACACUGCCGGACCGCGUGCGAGUCGUCAACAAGGACCGCUGCAGUGUUCAGCAGGACCAGGCCCGCCGCAGGUCGCUCAUUGUCUGCGACGCUGGGAACCCGCUCCGACCUUCGAGAAACGCGUUCUUCCUGCUGAAACUGGAUAUGAGCCAAGUUGAGGACACCUUCAACCUGACCGCCGAAGCUACGACGACCAGUGAGGAAGCAACGCCGAACGACAACAAGGUCGUGAUCACGCUGCCCUUCGUACACCAGGCAGACAUCUCGAUGUCUGGGAAAGCCAAGCCCGAAGUAGUCACUUUCAAUGCAGAGACAAAGAAUAUUCAACUGGAACACGGUUUUGUCCUCGCCAAGCUGUACGCAAGUCCAAUACAGCAAGUUCAGCUGUCUGUCCGCGUGCCCUACGUUUUCAGCGAAUCGGAGAACCCCAUUGCCUACGUCAGGCAAAUUAGGGUGUUGCAGGGCGACCUGUUCGUGCCGGGCAGUUGCCGCAACAUGGAGGGAGUGGUCAAGAGCAUCGAGGGCGACCAGGCCGGACGAAAGAGCGACGACGAUUCGCGGCCCGACCUGCUCGCCACGCGGAACGGCAGCCUGGGCGGCCGCGUCCAGCGGUCGGUGCGCGAAACUGAGCCCCCGCACUCCGAGAGACUCACCGCUCUGCUCUACCAGAACGUGCCGCCUCUGAACUGCAAGACUUCACUGUGUCACGAAGUCAGAUGCAACUUUGGGCCGUUUCUCAACAGACAAAAGAUUGCCCAGGUCAUACUGUCCGUUGUCGUCAACAUGGAAGAGUUCACGAGACAAGCUGGCUCCUGGUAUGCGUUCAGCGUGGGCUCUGAAGGUUACCUGAAAAUCCUGGACAACACAACCUUCUUGACUGACCCGCAAUCCCGCAAGGAGAUUCGUGUGGCAACUGUCUUCCAGAAGGAAGGUCCACCACCGGCGCAAAAGGUGGCCACCUGGAUCAUCGCGGCAAGCGCCUUCUCUGGCCUCAUCCUCUUCUCUCUGAUUAUCGCUGGACUGGUUCACUUGGGCUUCUUCCGCCGGCGACAGCGCGAGGCACUGGAGAAGCUUCUGCAGGAGGAGAACGAGAACGAAUGGAACGAGUUCACUGUUACGAAAGCCGACGUAGAGGCUGAGAAGGAAUUUUUCCGCAAGAGCAUGAUGAUAGGUGCCGCCGACCUGAAAGCGCUCCAGGAACAGAUAGAAGGCAGUACUGAAGAUGUCAAGGAACUUGGCUGAGCAUGACUACUAUAACAGCUGGUUGAAAAAGUGGCACGUCAAGCUCCUUGGACGCUUCAGCACAUGUUGUAUUACUAUGGCGACAAGUGAAGUGAAAAGUGUGACCUCUAAACUUUUUGUCAUUCAGCGGCGACGGUUCGACGGUUCUGGGACACCUUGCAUCUCUCAUUUGAGACUAUUCUUUGUGAGGCACACAGGAGACUGCACCUUAGCUGAGUGGUGCGCCUGCUACUUGUACAAUAUGUGGCGACAACUGUUCUGUUGGACCUUCUUUUUUCUUUCUUUUCGCUCUGUGUCCAUUGCUUUGGAGAGUAAAAAACGAGGCAGAUGCAGAACGAUAAGAGGAACAUGUAUUUAGUCUAGGUCACGAGAGUGUAGAACAUUACUCUGACAGAGUGCUUUCGUGUAUCAAGCACCAGCCUGGCCCCAAUGCGAGCUCAGCAGCAGAGUAAAAGGCAUACUGCAGUAUACAAAUUCACGGGUACAAAAUGUCUUCCGUGGUUCAAAAUAGCCCAAAGUGAUUAUUACUGACACGACACAUGUCCCUUCAAGCCUGUGCAUCCACAUUGUGAUUUUUGCAAGAAAAAGUGUUAACUGUACAUUGCCAGUGGUAAAGUUUGUGUGGAAAACCUUUGUGGCAAUGACCUGAACGCACUAUGCAACAUGUACCUAGACCUAAGAAUAAUUUUCCGUGGCCUUUGGUUAAAGUGUUUGUUGGUGUACCAUCAUGUGGCUUUCACUUGCAUGUUGCAACAGUACAACUGUAGUGCAGAACGAGAUUUGGUGAACCAGUAGCAUGUAUACACGCUUUCUACUGCUCAGCCUUGUUUUAACAGUGCAAUGACAAAUGAUUGAAGCUUUAAAUGAAGUCAUUAAUGUAAUUUAACUACUCAUACCAAUCUUGACAUCAGAUAUAUAGCAGGCAGAAGGAAUAAUGCCACUACCAAAACUUUUUGUCUUUGCCAGCAGUGGUUUAAAUCACCGGUCCAUGAGUGCUUGAGUCACACUCCAAGACCUUGAAUGACAACAUGCUUAGUUUCAUCUUCCUUUUGUCUGCAAUCCACAUAUGAUUGUGCGCAUAUGCAGUAGCCUAGCAAAAGCAUACAAGACAACAGGCAGGCAAAAAAUUAUUUCGAGGCAGUUUGUGGAAAAUUUUAAAUUCCUUUAUUUCCAUGCUCUACAUGUGCAAAAUUCUGCUGUUUCAUGAACAUAAUGUCAAUUUAUUUUAUAUUUUCUACUGGAAGUAAUAUUUUGUAAUUAUAUUCACAUAUGGUGCCACUUAAUUGUUUCUUUACCUUAAAGAAGCAGGAGCUGUGCAUGGUAGCAUUGCAAAAAUAAAAGUGGCUUUCUUUUUGGCAGCUGACAUGCUGUUGCACUAUAUGGUAUGCCCCUUCUGGCUGGUGAGUGUAUCUUGCACCGUGUUUUUUUUUUUUCCUUCAACAACUUAGGCUAACAUUAGCUGGGACACCUUGUAUGCAGGUUUGAGCGUAUGCCUCGGCUAUGUGCAACAGAAUAUGUCGUUUCUACAUAAUAAUUCCAUUGUAAGUCAAGCAAGGAUUGUGGUUCUACAACUAAUGAAUUGAUGAAUGCACUUGUCUUCAGGCAGUACAUAAUGAAGGAUGGGUGAUGAUUGAUGCUGUGUACUUAUAUUCUGUAUUACUGCAAUGGUCUCAUUUUACUAAACAUUAAAUAGUUAAUGAUAGUAAUAUUUAUUUGCAUAGUAUAUAUGAUAUACAUGAACAUGCUCAUGUAUUGUAAUGUGGUCAUGUACUGAUUGCAAUAAGAACUGGUCUUUUCUUAUUCAUUCUAUAUGUGAAGUCUAGUUGAAUGUGACCUGCAGUAACUAGUCCUGCCAGAAUUAUGUGCUAACAGUAGUGUUAUCUGCAAGUGGGAAAAAACCAAAGUACCUGCUCUCUGAGCGCCCAUAGAAUGGUCAUUUAGUCAUACGACAACCACAAAAAAUGGUCAUAAUUCAGAAAAACUUACCACUGCUAGCAAAAGUUCGGUGCAUCAUACAGCACCAAACCAAUGUUGCCAUAACAGACUCACUUGAAUAAAUAUGUGCUAUGUGCCAAUUAUAUCACAAGUAGGAGACAACACUAUGUGUCAUCAUUUGACGCAAGGCACUAGUGCUAUUUACAAUAUUAGGGCAUCCUAGGUGUUCAUAGUUUUUUCUUCCUUACAACAGCGUCAUAUUUUCUAACAGCAAGUGAUGCUUUACAGCCAUGCAUACUCCCGACAAUAUACCAUGUUCACAGCUUUUGGAAGCAUUCCACAUUACUUUUGUUUUCUGUUACAACUGCAAGUUUGUCAGUGGUCGUCUUUAUGCAUCUUCAUGUUUUCACAUUUCCUCUUAUCUAAAGUAAGCGAUGAUACGCUGAUCAGGAUUGCACUGUAUCUGUGAUGUGUGUGUACAGCUUUAUUAAGAGCAAUGGUCAUCUUUUUUUUGCUGUGCUAACCUUGUGAUUUGUAUUUCACAAUUUUUUCAACACUCUAAACAUGUCUUCUGCCUGUUCUGUGAUGUCCUCUUAGCUUAUUUGUGCUGUUCAUGUAAUGAGUUGUUUAUGUCCUAAAAAAAAAACAAUCAUGUAAACCACCAAUGUGAACUUUAGAUUGCGUUUUGAAUUAUGAUUAUAGAUAUUUAUUACCCUGUUCUAGUGCCACCUUCACAUGGCCCGCAACAUGAAUGUCACAUCCAUGCCAUGUCCUGCUAGUGAUAAUUCAGUGCAAGUUACAGCAGAGUGGUGGUGUACUUUUUUCACUGUGGAGAACUUCCCCUGGAUGCUCCAACUGGUUUUGAGUUGCCACUUAUGCAUGCACUCCGUGAUGGUAUGUUCACAACAACCAUUCAAUGCAACUGGAACUGGUUGCAAAUUAUGCAACUGUUCACAUCAGAGAGGGUGAACCAGCUCUUUGUGGAUAUGUAAAUAAAGUUACAAAUCACUUGA